AUGGAGCCCAACGACGGCAAGGCUGAGCCUUCAAACGGGGCUGCAGAGCUCUCGCCCGAGAAGCCAGCCACGGUCUGGGCCCGACGUCUCAUCAUUGCCGCUUUCUGGCUUGUUGUCGUCUGCUUGGGACUCCCGCACUGGAUAUGGACCACUUCCAUUCAACGCUCCGAUCUACCAUUGGAGUCUAUGAACGCCUGGGCAGAGGGCAAGGCAUGCCAGUUGCACUACCCUCUGCACGUUGGUUUGACGGCGCCGGACUUGGCACCAGAGCAUGCUACAAGUCUUGCAUCGGACUUGGAGACAUUAUUGAACGGACAGCAGAACUUCCGCUUUCACAAAUUUCACAUCCAGACAGAACACAACUCAGACGGUACACUUAAGCCGAAGCAGGUCCUGAAUGUGAUCUUGAAUACCGUUUCUGCUCCGAAAACGCCUCAGGCAACUCUGCAAUCAUGGGGGCCGAUCCUGAACGCAGAACAUCAAGUCGGAAGACCCGAGGACCUCAAACAAACUGCGACGUUCCUAGCAAAUCAAAUAUCGAACAUAUUUGAGGACGAAAGCGCUGCAAUCUGGCACUUGCUUAAAGACACGGCUUAUGCCAACGGCGUGCGACCUCUUACCCUUUCGCCCGAGAAGUCUUCGGCUCUGGACCGGCGCAUGACAAGAGCGUUUAAAUACGCUCCUGCAUAUCACCUCACAUUCUCGAUGUUCACACCUGGGGCCGCCCCAUCAGCCUGGGACAUUGACCAAGCUCUGGGAGAAUACAUAUCGCCACUCCUGCGACCACUCUCCUCUAUCAGCGACUUUACCAUCGACACUCAAGUGCAAUUAUUUGCAUCUUUCAGUCCGUCUAUUGCUGGACCUGCUUUCAAUGCUGAAAAGAAUCACUGGACGCUUCAUUACGGCGACUUGACAGGGUUCGUCAACGCCGCCGAGUGGCCCCUAAGUCCAAGUAUCGGCGAAGGCCCUACUAUCAACUUUGUUCUCUACGUCCCAUCUCCGGACAAAAGGCCACUGCUCAUCGACGAAAAUGAUGGCUCGAGCUGGAUUAUCCCGCAGUGGGGUGGUGUUCAGAUUCACAAUGCCCCUAGCACACAGCCAAACAACCUCACGCUUGACGACCUCCGCCCGGAUAUGCUCAUUUUCGCGGACCAACUUGCCGGCUUGCUCGGAGUCCCACCCUCACCAUCUUCACUGUCCCUGCGAAUGUCCAGCCUUAAAAGAGAGCGUGCCACUGCUCUCAUUCUUUCUGCUUCGUCGACACUAGGAGCUCUGUCGAGGCUUACGCUGAAACUUACUUCGAUCGCCAUCCCUGACUCUGUUGCGAAAUCUGUGGAUGAGACGCUACACCGCCUUGAUCAGGCUUGUACCAAUUUGCGAGAAGGCCAGUUCCAGCUCGCUUUGGAGAACGCGAGAAUUGCUGAGACUGAGGUGGAGAAGGCGUUCUUUGAACCAUCCAUGGUGGGCCAAGUCUACUUCCCUGAGGAGCACAAAGUUGCCGUUUACGUGCCAUUGCUUGGUCCAAUGGCUGUUCCUCUAAUCAUGUCCGGCAUUAAAGAGUUGAAGAAACUACGCGAGAGAAAACAGAAGGCCGCCUGA